AUGGCAUCGCCGUCCAGUGCAAACUUUGACUGGAGCUCGUUCUGUAGGGCCAUCAUGGCCAACACGGAUUAUAUCUUCAACUGCAAGGAGCAAACAUUGCCGGCCGAAGGAUUCAACGACCUGUUAUUCGCUACGAGGGCGAAUCUGCUACUCGCAGCCUCCGAGAUUGGCACUCGUUACAAUGACCAACGACCCAUAUCGCGUCUUCCCAGUGACCUACUCUUCGAUAUCUUCGCCCGGGUUGCGUCAGAGCACCAGCCUACCCGUCCUGACGCCAGUGUCGGAAAGCCGGGUAGCUUGGGAUGGAUCGGCUUGUCGCACGUUUCGCGUCGUUGGCGAUCCGUGCUGCUUGACAUGCCUUCCCUCUGGGCCUCAUGUGUCUGCACAUUCCCGUCUGCCAUGCCGGAUAUAGUGGCGCGUGCUCAGCGUGCACCAUUGACACUGGACCUCGAGUCUUCCAAGAUUCGACCGAGCCGGCUUUCUUUACAUUUUCGCACGGCGUUGUCAUAUGUGCGACUGGCUUCUACCCUUCGCUUUUCAGUACCCUACUCCUCCCAGUCGACACUCUCCUACGUUCUCACCACCUAUGACCUUCCUUUCGUCGAGGAAAUCGAACUCGAGAUAGUUCGAGACGGCAGAGAGAAGCCAAGCCCCAUCUUCCAACUGGAACACCCUCCCAUUUUGGCCCCUCGUAUGCGUCGAUGUAUCCUGAAAAACGUCUUCCUUCCCUGGAAUGCAACCGAGCUCACUCAUCUUGAGCUCAUACGCGACGUGACCAAGGCGCACUCUCGAAGUCUACCCGAACCGGAGGUCUUUCUGAGCUUUCUAGCGCGAUGUCAAUCCCUGCAACGUCUUCACGUCGAAGGAUGGGUUCCCGAUUGCACACCUUUGCUGCCCAAUAUUGCAUCACAUCGUGUCCGUUUACCCAAACUCGAAGAGCUAUCCAUCCUAGCAGUCGGAAACCAAUGCGAACAUCUCUGGCGCCUACUCGAUGUACCCGCGGACGCACAGCUGAAGCUGGAUGUCACCUUGGCCAACGUGCAGCAGGACAAGCCUGCCGUGUUGUACUCGCUCAUGGGCUCUCUCUUCCCUCAUAUGCACAACGACCCUGCCCUCCACUCCGAUAACGCGCGACUAGGAUUACUCAUACAUCUCGAGGAUGCGCUCAACUUUCAGUUCCAUAUCUUCGCGGAAACCGAGGAUCCCUCAUCACCCACCUCUGCUGAUCGCGACGCCGGCCCCUUCCACGCAGGUUAUCGCCGUCGUCUGGCGAUUCGACUGGAUACCCUCGUAGACGUCAACUGGGCAGAUGGCGUAACCUCAAUGCUCAAGACAUGUGGUAUACCUCUCACCGCGAUCGGUGUACUCGGUGUGAGGUCGUGGUACGUGGAGCCGAGCACAGUCUGGCAAGACUUCCUACGCCCCUUCACCGAAGUGCAUACGUUUUGGCUCGGGUCCUUCACCGUUGACGAUGCCCCGCAAACGGGAAUUGUGAGCGCUCUUGCCACGGAGGACGUCAAGACCCGCGCACAAGGGGGCAGCGGUGUCGUGUUGCCUGGGAUGCGUGAGCUCUGGAUGCGCGACAUUGUACUCGAGGACCCACAGAGCGCUUCGGGGCGCCAUCGGGCGUCGUUCCAGGAGAAGGUGCUAGACGCGUUGCGCUGGCGCGCGGAGAACGGGCUGGAGUGCUUUCGCGUUUCACGCAUACCGACGGACGUCGACGAACAGCCAGAGCUGCGCGCCGUUCUCAAGGAGGACUUCUUCGGCCGUGCCCGGGAACUAGUGCCGCAUUUCGAGUAUCAGGACCGCGAGGGUCGUGUGUCGCUAUACGACUACGACGACAAGAGAUCCUGGCGCUUCCAAUGA